UUUUAAGAUUGAUGGAGGCCACUGUGUUCUUGAACCUUCAAUGCUGCAGACAUUUUUGGUCUUUGUCCGCAGAUCUGUGCCUCGACACAAUCCUGUCUCGAAGUUAUAUUCUAACCAAAUUCAAUUGCUAACAUUUUGAAAAACCUGUUUCCGCUUUGUCCUUAUGGGGUAUUGUGUUUAGAUCGAUGAGGAAGAAAAAACAUUUGAUCCAUAUUAGAAUAAGGCUGUAACGUAACAAUGUGGAUAAAGGGAAGGGUUUGUUGUUAGCAGUGUGAACCCUGCCGUCAGCAUUGGCCUGUGGGGAGGGUUGCAGCGGCACACUUUGAUGCUGUCCUGCUACUGUUGGAGCCGCGCUGCGUUUCAUCGUUCAGCCGCUCACUUGGCUUAAAGAUGACUCCAAUUUGCGUCCCUCUUUUGGCUUACUUUUGUCUUUGUAUCUAGACCUCGUUUUAUGUGGACAUCUAGCUAGUGUGUGACCAUAGACCACGUUCUCUCCACUAACAGUCUGUGCAUGGGUGUACAGAACAUUGUGUCUGUUGGUGGUAUGGUCUUCUGUGGUCGCCGUUAGUGUCACAUUUUGUUGUCGGUUCUACAGAAGUCUCAAGAACCUGGGUGAUGGGUGUCUGAACAACUUGUGAUUUUCAGAGGGAAAUGAAAACUUAACACUUGGAAGUCUUUCCUGGCCAUGUGACCUGGAAGUCACUUUGUUUAGAAUCAAGGUCUGCGUUCUCCUCUUGACCUCUAUUUGACUUAUUUGUAAAACCUUAUAGAUUGGGUUAGGAGUCUUUCCUGGCCAUGUGACCUGCGCAGGAAAAAACUCUGGUUCUUCUAUUACAAUAUGUGUUAGUUCCUCUAGAAAAUAACAGGUGCAAACAUUUUGUCAAGUACAAAUUAAGCCAGGUUGCCCUGAAGUUGGGGUUCAGUUCAAACCCACAUUGCAUUAAAAAUGAAGAUGCAUACACCUUUUCCUGUUCCCAGAUAGAAUAGCAGAAUGGUUCACAGUAGAGUAGAAAUAUUCAUAAACUGCCCACACAGAUGUUGGCCUACUAGUUUUUAGAAUAAGGUGUGUGUGUGUGUGCACACAGGUAGUAAGUAGUUAUGUUAGCAACAAAGAUUUGGUUUGAUUUAAAUCUGGUCUUAAUUACAUACCGACAACACAUCAAAGAAGAGCCUUCAUAACGAUCAAUGCUGUUUUGGCUACUCAUGCUGGAGCUGCAAUGCAUAGACAUACAGCAAAAAGUUACCAAGAUUGAAAACUUUUCAAUUGAAACCUACUGGUUUGCUACUAUAAGACACAACUUAUGAUGACCACCAUUCUUACAUUAUAUCUUUAUAUAACGAUUGGUGAGUUCAUCUGAGAAAGACAAAAGUGAUGUGAACUGACAAUAUUUUAAUGGGGGGGAUAAAGGGCUGUAAGUGAUCAAUGGGGGCGGUGUCCGAGUGAUUCCCGGGGGACGGCUUUGAAGUGGGCAUCCUCUGAGAGACAUCGAGCACAAUGCCCUCUUUGACGGGCAGGGAGAAUGGCAGACGCUCCUCUCUCUCUUCUCACUGUCCCUCCCCCAUCUCUCUGUCCUCUGCUCUGUCCCUCCCUGCUUUCUCUCAUCUCUCUGUCCAUGUUCUCUCUCUCUUUCUUCCUCUCAUCUCUCCGUCCCCGUCUCCCUGUCUUCCCUAUCUCUCUGUCACUGAUACCCUGCUUUGCUCGGCCCUUUCACAACAUUAACUCUCUCACACAGCCAUAGCUCCACAACUAACUCUCUCCCUCCAAUGUUAAUGAAUUCAAACACCCCCCCUCCUUGCCUCCAAGCCCCAUCACUCCACCCCCUCCCUCCUGGCUCCCUCUCCCCCCUUUUCACAGAACCAAACCUCUUUGUAAUUUCCAGCCUUGGCAAGUUGUACUCAGAUUUGCUGUCACAGUUUUAAUGAAUUCAGCUGUUUGUGCAUUGGCCAUGGGAGCAUCUCUCCUCCCUCCCCCUCCCUCACACUCGCCCCUCCUCCACCUCUCUGGUGUUUCCCGAGGGACUCUAUAUAUACCGCAGACCACUCUACUCCUUCCUAUUGUUCCUCUAAGGAAACUUGCAGACAGAUGCCCCGCGGCAGCACAGUGUGUGUGGGAGAGUGCAGAGAGACAGCCACGAUAGAGACAAGUCUCAAGACAAUAGCUGGCGCUGCUGGACAGAGACUUUUACUACUACUACUACUACAGCUAGCCCAUUUCUUCUUCUCUGAGUUUUUGUUUGUUUUUCUUGUUGUGAUUUUUUUUUUCUUCUCCACCGCUGAGUGGUGAUCUGAUGAUCUGACGGCAUGUUGCUGGUGUCACUGCUGCUGAUGGCGAUGGACUGCUGCCUUGGAGCGCCAGCCGGGAGAGAGGUGUACAGGAUGCCUCAGAGUGCUCUGAAAGCUCUAUCGGACCGGGGUACUGUGGUUCUGGAGGCUGCGUUGACCAGUGCUCUGUCGGCUCUGGAGCUGGCAACGUCGGAGCGGAGUCAGGCCGAGGCAGUCUGUAGAGACUGUGUACCCUGUCUCUUUCAGGACUGCGGACAGCGCUCCGCACCCUGCUCCUCUCUGGAUGGCACAUUGGCUGAGCCCAGCUGUGACGUCAUUACCAAGGCUCAGAAAGUUCCGGAGGAGGGCGAGCGGAGCUGGGCGCUGAGCCAGGCAUGUGGGUAUUACCGCCGGCGGUGCCCGCCGGGCGAAAAGGAGAAGGAGGCUUGUGUGAGGAUCAUGGGCGAGAGCUGCAGUGCCCGCGUGCUCCAGUGUAGCCUCCUGAACACCAUGCAGAACCUGGAGCCUGCCACACAGACACGCACACAGGCAGUGUGUGGCCAGAGGCUGUCGGCGGUGCAGAACGUGACCCAGCCCCGCUCCCGUAUUGUGGGGGGUUCCCCGGCCCUCCCUGGCAGCUGGCCCUGGCUGGUCAACCUGCAGCUGGACGGAGGGCUGAUGUGUGGAGGGGUGCUGGUGGACAGCUCCUGGGUGGUGACCGCCGCUCACUGCUUCGCUGGCAGCCGCAGUGAUAGCUACUGGACGGCUGUGGUGGGAGAGUUUGAUAUCACCAAGACCGACCCUGACGAGCAGGUGCUCAAGGUCAACCGCAUCAUCUCCCAUCCCAAGUUCAACCCCAAGACGUUUAACAACGACAUAGCACUGGUGGAGCUGACAUCUCCGGUGGUCCUGUCGGACCGCGUGACCCCUGUGUGUCUGCCAUCAGGUCUGGAACCGCCUACUGGCAGCCCCUGUCUGGUGGCCGGCUGGGGCUCCCUCUACGAAGAUGGUCCUUCAGCUGACGUGGUGAUGGAGGCUAAGGUUCCUCUGCUGCCCCAGAGCACCUGCAAGAGCUCCCUGGGCAAGGAGCUGGUCACCAACACCAUGCUGUGUGCUGGGUACCUCUCUGGGGGCAUCGACUCCUGCCAGGGGGAUUCUGGAGGCCCUCUGAUCUACCAGGACCGUAUAUCAGGUCGCUUCCAGCUGCACGGCAUCACGUCCUGGGGAGACGGCUGUGGGGAAAAGGGCAAACCUGGGGUCUACACGCGGGUCAGCGCCUUCUCCGAUUGGAUACUCGCUGAGAUACAGAAGUCCUUUGGGAGUCGGGAGCCGACGUGCCCUGAGUUGCUGAAGACAUCGGAGCUGUCGGAGGAGCAGCAGAGGUCGGAGUUCGUCUCUCUGUGUCGCUUCUACGCCCAGACCUGCCCCCCCAGCCAGGGGACCGCUGCCUGCAACCGCCUCGUAGAGGAGAAAUGUCGCAGCCGCUUCAAGAAGUGUCAGUUGCGUUCGUUCCUGCAGACCCUGCUGGACUUGCUCCAGAGAGCAGAGGACUAUAUCAGAGACAAGGUAGACCUGACCUUCUUCACCCAGACCCUGCCUCAACUGGUGGAACACAUCUACAGUACAGCCUUCACCGCCAAGGAGAGGGAGAGGAGGGAGAUCCCACAGGAAACAGAACAGGUAUGGGGUGCUGUCCGGUCAGGGUCAGAGGAAACUGGUCCUGGGUUGUUCCAGAAGGUAGGCCCCCUGGUGGCUGACUGGGAGAACUACCUCAGGGUCAUCGCUGUGGAGUUGGACACACAGACACACGGCUCCAAACCCCUGAGCCAAGAAGAGAGCCUUUUCCUUCAGGCAGAGGACCCCUCUCUGCAUCAGCUAGAGGGGAAGUACCAGACCAUCAUCUCAGCCUUACACUCCAAACUGGACUCCAGACCGGCUCCUCCGAUCUUGCACCUGAAUACAGACCUCCUCCAGGAAAACUCUCCCAACAUUCAUGCUGUUCCCACUGAAGAGUCACCCUCCUCAUUCCCCCUUCAGGGGUCAGAGUCGCUCACAGCCCUCAUCAGUGAAAUCCGGAAAUUUGGGACACAGGUUGAAAUGGCGACAGAAGAUGCAGAAAUUAGUGUAACAUCGUUUGAAGAGGACACAUUUUCAGAUCCAACACCAGUCAGUUCAAUAGAGACUACUGAUUGGCUUAACGAAGCUGUGACCGAACAGACAACCUUACAGCGCCUGUUCCCGUCUCUGUCCACCAUCGGCAGCACCAUGUCUCCCAUAGCAACGACCUUUGACUCCAGACAGACUCUACUUCCUGGUUCUCCCUCCCUCCAGCUGUCCCUCGACCACCGGAGACGCAGGAGUCUCCGCAAGAGGCAGAUCCCUGGGGUUAAAGCUUGUCCAGGAGUAGCAGAGUCCACCCAGCAAGUGAGUGGUAUCAGAGACACAUACAAGUGGAUCCUGGGCAUCCCCACCAAGAACCUCCACAUGAACUUUCAGGAGUUGCUGGUGGACCUGAGCUCUAAGAACGAUCGGGGUCUGUACGAGGCUCGGGUCAGGGCGGUGGUGGGGGGUCGACCUCUGACCUUCUACAGCCUGGUGGGUCUGGAGAAUGAGUCCUUCUACCGUAGCAUGCCGCGCAUCAUUGCUCUGGCUCUGGACGCUCUCAAAACGUAAACAGUAUCAACUUCAACAAAACGAACACACGUCAAAGACUCAGUGGCUCAGCGAAGGUCUAGUCAGCUUGUGGUGCCAGAGACCAGAGAGGGGGAACGAACCCUGUGGGACCUAGAAACUGGCGACUACUCAUUCAGAUGGGAGGCGAGAGGACAGGCACUGGGCAUUCUAGGAGACCUAAACAUUAGGAAUGUAACAAUUCACCAAUGCACAUCAGGUCCGGUUCAAAUGCUUAAGAUGCUGAGUGCAUCCAUGUUAUUGGUGGGCGAGGAGCCCUAACUGAUCCAAAUGACGUAUGCAUCGGUCAGAAAACCCAUUUAAAAUGUUCCAAACUGACAGUUAACUGUUUUUUACUUUAUAUAGUGUUAUUCUGGGGGAAAAAACUGAUGCUUCCUCCUUUAGUUCAGUAGCCUAUCAGACUUUAUCACGUAACUGUGAAUGAGUGUGAGAUAGCAACUGUGCGUACAGUGCUGGAGACAGCUGCUCGCACCAACGAGAGGUUGUUCUAAUGGGCUAUUCGUACAUCUGCAUUCAGAUGCUUGUAAUGGCUUUCACAAUGUCAAAUCAUAGGCUUUAUUAGUUGAGUGACAACAGAUGUAAUUUGGGUCAUUUCGGGUCAUUGUUACCAAAUGAGCUGUAGAAAGUGGUUUUUACUCGAGUUGUGUAGCCGACCGGAAUGGAUACAACUCACAUCCAACUGUUGAUUUGGGGUUUUCAAUCAUUCACAUUUCAUUUAAUUGUUCAAGUUCACUAUAAGAAAUAGUUUUGGUAGUUUUGCUUUAAACAGUCAGUGUAUUUGGUCAUUUCAACAUGAACAGGGUAUGAUCAUUAAGAUCAGAAAUAAGUUUUGCCAGCUGCACAUGGUCGCAUUCAUUCAUUGGUCAGAAUGGAGAAGCUCUCUGUAAAACUCCAAACGGUCUAAACCAUUCCUUUUUGAGACGGGGUAAAAUACAAAGCUGCAUUAUAUAAAUUGGCUAAAUGCCAUGCUAAUUUAUAAAGAUAAAUAUUGACAUGGUACUAGCUGGAAACAUGUUUAAUCUGCAAAAAUGACAAGUUAAUCAGUGGGCGAUGGUGAUGUCAGAUAAAAGUGGUGGGAGAAAAAGCAUACAUUUCCCCUAAUCUGAUAGUGGGGUGGUAGAUGCUCAGUCAGCUCAGGUGCCUACCCACCAUUGACACACACACACACACACACACACACUGAGGGCCACUCCGCUUAGAGAAGUCAUCUCAGACAGAUCCAGCACAGAGAGGCCCAGCUUCUGAGCUCCCAUCAGCAGCAGUUAUUCAUUAAAAAUGGAAAAUGAAUGUGUUCAAUGCAACAACAAAGAAGUUUCCCUAAUCAAACCAAAUCGCACCGACUCGGUUCAAAUUCAAAUGUAUCGUUCCUGUAUUGUACCAAUGUGUCCAAAUGCGUAUGAAAUCGCCCGCGCAAAUGGACGCAAGUGCACGCGUGCACACACACACACUGCGUGACUUUGCUGGCCCACGCUGAAGAACAGACAGGAGAGUGACAUUACAAUAUGACAUGUCAACCCACCUGAGAGCCUGACCUCUAUGUACACACAGCCCUGAAUGUAUUGGACCAUCCUGCCUAGCAACCAUUCAUGGAGAUUAGUUGUUUUUUUACAUGGCUGGUGUAACGCAGUGAGACAGCCAUAGAAAUAGAUAGAACUCAUUUUUGUAUCUGUGCCAUUAAAAUGGUGGAAGCCCUCAUUGCCGAUGGCCAUGCUAAAACGGGUUAUAUCCAUGUAUCUAUCUCUAUGGACGCAACCCAUUCUAAUUUAUGAGCCUGUAUAAAUAAGUUAUUCAAAAUGUCUGUUUUUCUGCAAAAGGUUGAGCCUCUUGUGAAGCAAGCAGACUGUAGGACCCUUCAUACUGUACAUUGGUAUAUUAUUUUUCGUUGCUAUAUUUAUUUGUAUAGAGAACUGCUUUGUAUUUUUCUAAUAAAAUAUCAGUAAAAUUGUUA